UUGACUACCUGAUAAUUACCGCCGACAACAGAAAGCAAAAACCCUAAGAAAAUCCAGUUAGAUUGUCAUUCAAACCUGAAAAAUGGGAGUCGAGAAGCAAGUCAUCAGGCCUGGAACCGGUCCCAAACCCACCCCCGGUCAGACCGUCACCGUUCACUGCACUGGCUACGGGAAAAAUGGAGAUUUGUCUGAGAAAUUCUGGAGCACAAAGGAUCCAGGGCAGCAACCUUUCUCUUUCCAAAUUGGCAAGGGCUCUGUUAUAAAAGGAUGGGAUGAAGGUGUGAUGGGAAUGCAAGUGGCAGAAGUUGCUCGUCUUCGGUGCUCCCCAGACUAUGCUUAUGGUGCUGGUGGGUUUCCUGCAUGGGGAAUACAGCCAAACUCGGUUCUCGAAUUCGAGAUUGAAGUCCUAAGCUUGAAGUGAAUAGCAGGCAGUUGGUGACUGUCGAGAAAUACUAUGUAGCCCGAAUAACUCACCUGUGAUGAACAUAUAUAGAUAUUAUGGGGUAGCAUGUAUGAAUAUUAAAUGAGUAUCAAUAUGAGUCAUCUUAUUCAUGUA